UCCUCGUAGUAGGCGGCGAUCGAGAAGCGCCACACCGAAAAUCGGCGAAACGCGCGCACCAUAAACGCCGUCCGCUUGUUUCGCACCAUACACACACACACUAGAUUGUUUCACGAAGACAAUUGCAAGCGCGGUUGCAUCGCACAUCAGCCCGUGUUUACGCGAGUCGGAGUUGUUUUCGUUCUUCAGUUUUUCGCGAGUUAUUUGUGGUUAUUUUCUUUCUCUGGUUAUUCAUCUGGAUGAAAUAAACUAUUGGAGUUCAGAAACAAAUGAGUCUGAUGAGGAAGUGAAAUCUUCUUGGCUACACUGGCGCCACACAAUCGCCACGUACAAGAUAGAUGAUUUUGUAGCGGCGACGGGCCGAAGCAGGAAGCGCAGCGGUAGCGGCUACCAGCGCGCCGCUUCCGUGGCUAGCAGCGGAACGUGGUAGCGAACCGGCACCAUCAUUGGCGUAGAGAUUGCCCCUUCCCUUUGCCCAAUGGGGGCCGAGACCUCCCCCCAACAGCAGUACUCCUUGCGAUGGAACGACUUCCACUCGUCCAUCCUGUCCUCAUUUCGCCAUCUGAGGGACGAGGAGGAUUUUGUGGACGUCACUUUGGCGUGCGAUGGCUGUUCCUUCACUGCUCACAAGGUGGUGCUGUCGGCGUGCAGUCCGUACUUCCGCAGACUGCUCAAGGCCAACCCUUGCCAGCAUCCCAUCGUUAUCCUUAGGGAUGUUCAAAAGAAAGACAUGGAGAGUUUAUUAAGGUUUAUGUACAAUGGCGAGGUUCACAUUGCCCAAGAACACUUAACGGAUUUUUUAAAGACUGCGCAAAUGUUGCAAGUGAGGGGAUUGGCCGACGUAUCGGCCGCCGCCACUGGACAAAGACUAACCACCACAACAGCCACACCAUCGGAACAAAAGAUCUCAAAUAAUUCUUCCUCAUUACCGUGGGCUACCGACCGUCCAGAAGCGUUGCGGGAGGGUCGGCUAUCUCCCCCUCCCGCGAAAAGGGCACGUAGUUCGGAAAGGGAUAGUUUUCCCAGCUUUAGGGAACGCAGCCCUUCGUCGAGUAACAACAACGGGGAGAUGCCCGAGUCGUUACUGGGGCAAGCGUUGGAAGGAGGACCUACUAUCUUAACGAAAGAAAAAUCCAGCAAUAACUCCGAAUCGCCCCAGCAAACGUGCGAAGAUAGCAAUAGUAGCGACACGGCGCCGAGCGAUCACGGCGACGGCGAACCCGUCACACCAAAGACUGAACCACCCGACUACCCCAACAUGCUGGACGAGCACAAUCCCUUUCACACCAACGGCGGCUUGCUGGACCAGACGAGGUCGCCGUCCUUUCCAGGCGCUCUACUUGGACUACAAGAUCACCCUCUUGCAGGAUUAAGUGGAUUGAUGCCUGGACCUUCUGGAAUGCAUGGGAACGCCAAUGAUUUUGUUUCAAGACGAUCGUUGGAUAUGAUGCGAGUGAGAGCCACAGAUCCGAGACCCUGUCCGAAAUGUGGUAAAAUCUACAGGUCCGCACACACGUUAAGAACACAUUUGGAAGACAAGCACACGAUAUGUCCUGGCUACAGGUGCGUAUUGUGUGGUACAGUGGCCAAGUCCAGGAAUUCCCUCCAUUCGCACAUGUCCAGACAGCAUCGGGGGAUCAGUACGAAGGAUCUUCCUGUGUUGCCGAUGCCAGCGCCAUUCGAUCCGGAACUGGCUAGCAGGUUGCUUGCGAAGGCCGGCGUCAAAAUCAGCCCCGCCGAGCUGCGGGCCCGAGCGUCUCCCACCGGACCUCGGCGAUCCGACGUGAAGCUGGACGCCAAGAGCGCCUACUCGGGGGCGGCCUCGGAGGCGGGCAGCUCCAUCUGCGGCGACAACGACCCGGAGGACUUGACGGUGUCGCAGGCCAGCAGGUACGGGCCCGUCGAUUUCGCGCUGUCGCCGCCACUGGGCCACCAGAACAAUUUUAAGCCGCACAGGUUCAACAUAGCCACCGGCCAGGCCGUCGCGGCCAAAAGCAUCGAUUCCCUCCAGCACCUCUCCAAAGAACCCUACCCCGCCCCCCUGGCGCCUCCCGUCUCGGCCGCCAACACCACCGGCUCCGCCAUCUUGGACACCUACCUCCAGUUCAUCACCGAGAACAGCGGCAUGAUGGGCAUGAUGAACCCCGAGCAAGCGGCCGCCGCCAUGCAGGCCGCCAAGCUCGCCCAGCUCAACGCCAUGGGCAUGGACAAGGUGGCCCAGCAGCAUUUUUUGGAGAAAAUGCACCAGCAAAUGCAGAGCGCGAACGAUUUGAUGAUAAAAAGGAACGAUGAGAUUAGGAGGAAUGACGGGGAGCUUAUUAUGAAUGAUAGAAAUGAAAAAGAUCAUGAGGAAGGUGAUUCUUCUGGGGGUGAAGAGGAUGAUUACAGUGAUGAGGAGAUGGAACCUGAAGGUGUUAAAGCGGGAGAUUAAGUAAACGAUGGAGGUGUAGAAACGUAGGUUUUUAGUGACGGUUCAGUUAGUGCCGUUGGUCUUGCCAUAGAACGCGUGUAUAAUUCCAUCCCAACUACCUCAGUUUGAAUCUUGUUAGAGUAUAUUUAUUGUUUUUUUAUACGUAUAUUUUUUUCCUCGAGAAAUAUUCGCGAUAUUUGUUGAAAUGAAUAAGGACAGCAAAUUAAGGUCUUUUCAUUAGCAUAUAUCGUGUAGAUUUUGUGACAAAGAAGAUAAUCUACUUUGACCGGCAGGAAAUAGAAUCAGGAAUUUCAACGUUCAAUAUAUUUUGUUCUAAUGAGCCGAUUUUGAUGAUUUUUUAAGCAAUGCGUAGCUAAGUUACUUGAUUUUUUAGAUCCUUCCUUAAUUUAAAAAUAAAAGUCUCAUUUGUCUAUUAUACGAGGGAGAACAAAUUGUUAUUUUUUUGGCGAAGUUUGAAAAUCGUUUAACGAAAUAAAAGGUAUUUAAAAAGUAUUUUAUUAUCAAAGUGCAAUUCUUUUCGAUAGUUUGUUUUCUUUUUGGUUUAUUUCAAUAUCUUUAUUUUUGUUGGAGAUAUUUGUUUUUUGAAGAUGACGAAAUCUUCUCUUUUAACUAACUUAUAUUUUUGUUUAGUUUAA